AUGAACUACGACCAGGGCAGAUAUUACUUGGAAGCAUGCAAAUACAAGCAGCAGAGUCACCAUAAUUUUGUGCAAGAUUCCAUCAGCUUUCAAAAUAUGGAAAGUGAAAACAGCUAUGAUGCUUUGGAUCCUGAGAAACUGAUGCAGUGUCCAUAUGACAAAAGUCAUCAGAUCAGGGCAUGUAGGUUCCCAUACCACCUUGUUAAGUGCCAAAAGAAUCAUCUUGACAUUGUGCAACAGCUGGUCACAUGCCCAUUUAAUGCCCGUCACCAGAUCCCCAAAGAAGAGAUCAGCCAGCAUAUAUCAAGCUGUGAUGACAAAAGAUGCAUUGAGCAAGAUAUUGCAAGUCAGGUUGACAACCACAGAAAGCAAGUUAGUGUUCUGAGUUCAUGGCAGUCUCCUCCAUGUGAAGAAGACUGGGACAAAGAUCUGGUGGAACAAUCCAACUCUAUCUUCAUUUGGGGUACAAGCCACUGUGGAGUAAACAGCUCUGGAUCAAACACAGCAAUGAGCUAUAAGAGCCAUCUAGCUUCAGGUCUGCGAGCUCCCAAGUCCAUGCCAAAUGUACUACCAUGGAAGAACAGUAAGUAA